UGGAGCAAAGACCACUGCUCCUCUGCGCCCGACAAGCCGUUCGGCUUCGACUUCACGCUCGCGUGCAAUCGCCACGACUUCAUGUACCAUGCCUGGAGCUAUGUCUGCCGCUUCGACCACGACCAUCGCAAGUCCGCUGAUGAGGUCUUCUAUGAGGAUAUGAAACGCGUCUGCCGUAAGAAUCUCCUGUGCAAGGGCACGGCUAAAACUUAUUAUGCUGCUGUGCGGGCGUUCAGUGGG